AUGGCUUUUACCAUGAGACUUCUGGAUAUCGCUGCUGUGGCGCUCUGCUUUCAGCUCAGCCAGGCCAAAACUGUCACGUAUGAUUUUAAUCUUACUUGGGUGACGGCCAAUCCGGACGGUCUUCAUGAGCGCAAAGUGCUUGGUGUCAAUGGGCAAUGGCCGUUGCCUGUUAUUGAAGUUGAGAAGGGUGACCAGCUUGUGGUCAACAUGCACAAUGGCCUCGGGGAUAAGAACUCAUCUAUCCACUUCCAUGGCAUGUACCAGAAUGGGACAAACAACAUGGAUGGGCCUUAUAUGGUCACUCAAUGCCCUGUUCUGCCUGGUUCUUCCUUUUCAUACAACUUCACAGUGAACCAGGUCGGCACGUACUGGUAUCAUUGCCACACCGACUGGUGCUAUCCCGAUGGAGAGCGCCAGGCGCUUAUUGUCCAUGACAAGGAUGCAUACUUCGCAAAUGAUAUUGAUGAUGAAAUGGUGGUGACUAUGAGCGACUGGUACCAUAAUAUGACAGAAGAACUUUCCCAUUCAUUCCUAUCGCCUACGAAUCCCGAUGGUGACGAGCCUGUUCCCAACUCAUUUCUAUUCAACGACACGCUUAGCACAAGCAUACCUGUUGAGCCUAGAAAGACAUACAUGAUUCGUCUUAUCAAUACCGGUGCCUUUAUGAGCCAAUAUUUCUAUAUUGAAGGCCACUCUUUCCGCAUUGUGGAAAUUGAUGGUGUGUAUACCGAGCCUACGGAGGCGAAUCUGCUAUACAUUGCCGUCGCCCAGCGGUACUCCAUUUUGGUUACCACUAAGAGCACCACGGACAAGAACUUUCCUAUCGUCACAGUCGCCGACGCACAGUUGCUUGACUCUAUCCCCGACACUCUAAAGUUGAACCAGACCAACUGGCUGCAGUAUAACGCGAAAGCUCCUCACCCUCAAGCUGUGCUUAAUGUCAGCUCUUCAGCCGACCUCUAUCCAUUUGAUGAUAUGAAGCUCUACGCAUAUGACAAGGUGGAGCUUCUCCCUGAGCCCGAUAUCAGUAUUACUGUCAAUGUAGUUAUGCAGGAAGCCAGCAAUGGUGAAGGCUAUGCCUACUUCAACAACAUCUCCUACACGAAGCCCAAGGUUCCCAUCCUAUACUCGGUCUUGUCAUCGGGUGAUCUUGCAACCAAUCCCGAGGUUUACGGAACAGACACACAUCCCUAUGUCCUUGGUCACAACCAGGUAGUGGAGGUUAUUCUCAAUAACAACGACACCGGCGCUCAUCCCUUCCACUUGCAUGGCCACAACUUCCAGCUCAUUGACCGCUAUCCGACCUACGGCAAAAACUUCUUUGAAUACGCAGACACCGACUACCGUGUUACCUACGACCCAUUGAAUCAUACUGCCUUCCCCAAGGUCCCUGCACGCAGAGAUACCUUCGUGGUUCCACCACAGGGUUAUUUCGUUGUUCGGUUUGUCGCCGAUAACCCGGGUGUGUGGUUCUUCCAUUGCCACAUUGAUUGGCACUUGAUGCAGGGACUGGCAAUGGCUUUCGUCGAAGCUCCUCUGCAAAUUCAGGAGCGGGUUUCUAUUCCCCAGCAGCAGUAUGAUGUAUGCAAGGCUGCUGGUAUUCCCACUCAGGGCAAUGCCGCUGGCAACACGGAGAACUAUCUGAACUUGACAGGUCAGAAUAUGCAGGUUCCAAUUUAG